AUGACUGUUUGCGAACAAAUUCGUGAUCUUCGAUCAAAAAUACAGCAAUUUAGGGAUAUAUUGAAUAACCCCAAUCGGUACAAAGAUCUAGAUAUCAAGACAGAGGGAAAUUAUUCAUAUGCAUAUGUACCUCGAAGCCAUUACAAUGAAAAUCCGCCAAAACCAACCAAAACAUAUAACAUUCCAUUUUCUACAACACAGAACAAAAAUAUUCAGAACAAAUCUAAUUUCCAAUCAAAAUUCUGCUCAAACGAGCCAAAUAGAAGUCAAUUUAGUCAAAUAUCUAAGACUACAUCUGAUAAACCAACAAAUGUACUCUUACGAAACUAUUAUUACUCUAAAAAAACAAAACCUAUACAAGAAAAACCAAAAACUAAACCAGUUUUAUUUAGUUUAGAAGACACAAGCUCUGACAACGAAGAAGAGGAAGAGAUAAGCCAUGAAUAUUCAAGCGAAGAAGAAUCUUACUCAGAAUCAGAAAAUUCUUAUUCAGUAAUUAACGAAUCCCCUAUUAAUAAGAAAACAGUCUACAAGCGCACAAUAAAAACUAAACGCAAUCUUUCACAAAUCUCAAAUAUCUCUGAAGAAGAAGAUGAAGAAGAGGAUUUUAAAGAUAACUUCGUAGAAGCUUUAGUAGAUAGUGCAAAACGAGCUCUAAAUGGAGAACAGCUAGAUUAUGACAUUGAUUCAUCAAAAGACAAUGUAAUUAUCUCAAAAUGCCCAAGAUUAAAGAGACCAAUUGUUGUAGGAAAAGAAUUUGAUGAUUUAAUGAAUGAUAUCUCUAAAAACUCCAUUAAGAAUGAUGAUAUGGAUUCUGAUUCAUCUGAUUAUUCAGAUUUGCAACCAAUAAUCAAAGUUAAGCUGAAAAAUCAAAAUCCCAAAGAAAAAUCGUCAGAAAGUGAUUCUGGAAUUGAUGAGGAAGGGAUAAAUAGGUUGGUUGAGUUGUAUGCAAAUUAUCCUUCUUCAGAUGAAAAGGAAUAG